UUAUAUUCUCUCUCCUGUGACAAGUUGCUCUCUCUCUCUCUCUCUCUCUCUCUCUCGUCUGGCGCUCUGAAGAAAUUUCUCCGUCAUGUCUUCCGGUGGAAACUCUACUUUCUCCAAGAUGUUCUUCUGUCACCAGUGCAACCGCACAGUCACCAUCUCAAUCUCCUCCUCCGCCGAUCCUUUCUGCCCUCUCUGCUCCGGUGGGUUUCUCGAAGAAUGCGACGAACCAAACCCUAAUCCAUCCCCACCCCCAAACCCUAUCGGUUUCCUCCCGAUGGCCGAUCCUUUCUCCACCUUACUCCCUCUCUUAUUCGGCUCCUCCUCCUCCACGAACCCCAGCCUCUUCGGUGGUCCACGCUCCACCGAUCACCCUCACGGUGGAGGAGCGUUCGAUCCGGUGUCGUUUCUCCAGAACCAUCUCCAGCAUCUGCAAUCCAGCGGCACUCACGUCCAGUUCGUGGUGGAGGAUCAUCCGUUUGGCCGGGUACCGGGGAACAUGGGGGACUACUUCUUCGGCCCUGGCCUCGAGCAGCUGAUUCACCAGCUCGCGGAGAACGACCCUAACCGUUACGGAACUCCUCCUGCGUCCAAAUCCGCGGUCGACGCGCUUCCGACGGUUAAGGUGACGAUGGAUAUGUUGAGGUCCGAGAUGAACCAGUGUGCUGUGUGUAUGGAUGAGUUUGAGGAAGGUGGGGAUGUGAAGGAGAUGCCUUGCAAGCAUGUGUUCCAUCAGGGUUGUUUGAUGCCUUGGCUUGAGUUGCAUAACUCUUGUCCCGUUUGUCGGUUUGAGUUGCCUACUGAUGAUCCUGAUUACGAGCGAAGGGGGCAAAGUCAAGGAGGUCAGAUGAGUGGGCAGGGAUCGGUUGGGGGGCAGGGGACGGGGAGGAGGUUUAGUGUACAGCUGCCUUGGCCGUUUAGGAGUCAGGAUGGAUCUGGUUCAGGGUCUGGAGCACGUGGAAGUGGCGGCGCUGGUGGUGGAGGUGGUGGGUCUAAUCUUGAGACCAGACAGGAAGAUUUGGAUUGAGUAUGGCAAGAGAGUUAAGAAGAAGGCAGUUUCAUUAGGGAAAAGAAAGUGACAUUGAGGGUUCACCAUAUCUUGUACAUUUAACAAAACAAAAACAAAAAGAAGAGUAUUUUAUUGUCUUGUUAUUUUGGGAUUAUACAACGAGUGUGAGUUCUUAAAAAAAAAAUCGCAAUAUUUCAUUUCAA